GGGUUUGGGGGCAGAGCACCAGGGACUUUCCAGAGCUGCCCAGGCGAGGCGGAGAAGGAGCAGGAGCUGGGCUGCCUGCGUGGGUCCGGCGGUGGCGGCGGCGGCGGCUACGGAGGGUCAGGAGGGUCUUUCUUCUUCCCACCUUUUCUUCGCCUCAGACGAAGAAGAGCCAAGUAGGCAAGAAUUGAAUAGGAGUGUAGCCGGUUCUAAGGAAGGAGGAGUUUGUUAAAGGGAGCCGCAAGAAGGUUGAAGAUUCCAUAUUUCACCUCAUCAAGUUGGAACUGCAUCAGUGAUCAUUUUUCUGUUAUCUUUUCUUCUCUGUUUCAAACAUAGAUGUCCUUGCCCUUUACCUCUUCCAUUUUACAGUACUUGCCAGUUGCAACAUGGAUUCGAGCAAGAAAACAGAUCCCCCAAUCUCUGUGGAAACAAUCCAACAAAAGGCAAAUGUUGAUCGCAGUGCAGUACCAUCUAUUUAUAUACCAGAACAAGGUGGCUACAAAGAGAAAUUUGUGAAUGCUGUGGAGGACAAAUACAAGUGUGAAAAGUGUCAUCUCAUACUGUGCAAUCCAAGACAGACAGAAUGUGGGCAUCGAUAUUGUGAGACUUGCAUGAAUGGUUUGCUAAGUUCCACAAUUCCAAAAUGUACAGCAUGUCAAGAAACAAUAGUGAAAGAAAAGAGAAUCUGGAGAGACUUGCCAGAUCAUUCUGAAAAGAACUGUAAAUAUCGGGAGGAAACAACAUGUAAAUACUGUAAAAGCCAGGUUCCAAUUAUUAUGAUACAGAAACAUGAAGAUGCAGAUUGCCCUUGUGUUAUGGUUACAUGUCCUCAUAAAUGCAGUGUUUCAGCACUCCUGAGAAAAGAGUUGAAUGCACAUUUGUCAGAAUGUAUUAAUGCCCCAAGUACCUGUAGUUUUAAGCGUUAUGGCUGCACUUUUCAGGGAACAAACCAGCAGGUUAAAGCACAUGAAGCCACCUCAGCAGUGCAGCAUGUAGACUUGUUGAAAGAGUGGAGUAAUUGUCUAGAAAAUAAGGUGGCCAUGCUUCAGAAUGAAAGUUUAGAAAAGAACAAGAGUAUACAAACUCUUCAUAAUCAAAUUUGUAGCUUUGAAAUCGAAAUCGAAAGACAGAAGGAAAUGCUAAGGAGCAAUGAAUCUAAAAUACAUCAUUUACAGCGGGUGAUAGACAGUCAAGCCGAGAAGCUGAAAGAACUGGACAAAGAGAUUCGUCCCUUCCGACAGAACUGGGAAGAAGCAGACAGUAUGAAGAGUAGUGUUGAAUCCCUCCAGAACAGAGUGACUGAAUUAGAAAGUGUUGAUAAGACUGCUGGACAAGGAGCCAGAAAUACAGGUCUUCUGGAGUCACAGUUAUCAAGGCACGAUCAAAUGCUAAGUGUUCAUGAUAUUCGUCUGGCUGAUAUGGAUCUCCGGUUCCAAGUUCUGGAAACAGCUAGUUACAAUGGAAUAUUAAUCUGGAAAAUCCGAGAUUACAAACGUCGGAAGCAAGAGGCCGUCAUGGGAAAGACUUUGUCCUUAUAUAGCCAGCCAUUUUAUACAGGAUACUUUGGCUAUAAGAUGUGUGCCAGGGUUUAUCUCAAUGGAGAUGGGAUGGGUAAAGGGACGCACUUGUCCUUGUUUUUUGUCAUAAUGAGGGGAGAAUAUGAUGCACUGCUUCCGUGGCCAUUCAAGCAGAAAGUCACCCUUAUGUUGAUGGAUCAAGGACCUUCCCGGCGCCAUUUAGGAGAUGCUUUCAAACCAGACCCCAACAGCAGUAGUUUCAAGAAGCCCACUGGAGAAAUGAAUAUUGCUUCUGGCUGUCCAGUUUUUGUUGCACAAACUGUUCUAGAAAACGGAACAUAUAUUAAAGAUGAUACUAUUUUUAUUAAAGUCAUAGUGGAUACAUCGGACCUACCAGACCCCUGACAUACAGCAUAGAGGGAGAUUCCACCGAAGACAACUCCAUUUGGGGCUCUUUUUUAUAUCUUAUCUGUCUUCAAUAAGAGGUUCCUAAAGCUCAGAGGGACCACCUUGUGUUAACAGAAGGAAGAGUUUGGAGGAAUAACUUGCAUAGGGUCCAAUGGCAAACAUAGCAACCCAUUAAGAAAUCAUACCAUGGUAUAUUUUCUAAACUAGUAGGAACACUUCAAAUUCUGAAAAGCCACUUAAUCCUCAUGAGGACAAAGAUUACAGUCUGAAAAAGUUUUUCAUAAUUUAUUGAUAAAUUAACCCAUGGGAAGAAGACAAACUAACCUGUGCUGAAGAAAUCAGACUUUUCUUCCUUUUUAACUAGUGAACAAAAGUAAAAAAAAAUCACGUGGGUUAGCUAAAAACUGUCAGCAUGUUAAGUUAAAAAAGAAGAAAUUUUGAAGUAAUGUUGCAGUUAAGGAUAUAUUAUUACUUUCAAAAUCUAAGUGCAAUCUUGUCUAAAAUAUGGUAUAUUGUCUAUUUUUAAGGCCUCAUCUGGUCUCUGUUUUAAAAUAAUUACUUUAUCAGACCUCGACAAAAUGUCCAGAUCUUCUUGAAAGCGUCUAAAUCAGAGUCAUAUUUUUGUUUAGAGUUCUAUUAAUUGCUACAGAAAACAUUUUAUUUUAAAACUGUUGAUAGACUGAUAUUUCUUGGAAGAAAAAGAUCAAAUGCAGGUUAUCACUUGUGAUAUGAAAAGAAACUAUUCAACUACUGCUGUUAUUUCUCUUUAGAAAUGUAAACCUACAAUAUAUGUCGUAGUUAAUGACACUAUUUCAAAAUUAAGGAAAAAUAAUCACUCAUGGAUGCUGUGCAUCAUUAUCAGAUUUAUAAUUUUCACCCUAAAAUAGGGCAUUUGUUGAACUUUGGAGUUCUAAACGGAAUCCUGUAUGUUUUUAAAGUUCUGCCUCAUGCGCUCAGACCAAGCUCUCUAAAAUAUAUGUGUGUGUGUGUGUAUACACACACACACACACACACACACACACACACAUAUAUAUAAUCUAUUUUUUGCUAAAGCAUAAAUGUGCAACAUAUUUUUGGUGUUUGAGAGGAGGCGUAGUGCUGAGUAACUUCUAUGGGAAACCUGCUAAUUAAUCCUCUACUUAGAAGUGACUGCAUCUUACAGAGGAAGUCCGUAAGGAGAAAGCAGUGUCUCAGUGGGAAAAAGGUGGCUUGCAUGCAUUCAUGUGCCUUAGCUGUGAUGUGCUGCUUUAUAAAUCAUAGCUUUGUAUUUAGAUUUUAAUUUCAGAUUCCUGAAAUAUUCAUUUUAAUUGGACUUUAGGCAUAACAUGCUGACUGGUCUGUAAAGCCCACCGAUAUUUUGCAGCAUGAUGAAAUAGAAGCCAAGUCCUGUGCUUCAGACUUCCCAGAGAUUCCAUCAAUUCAGAUUCAUGGAAUACUGUUUAUUCAGGUGCUAUAUUUUUUUUGCGCACAAUGCUCCUAUGGAGCUUGGACUUCUGACAGCACCCUCUAUUUCCAAGGCAAUAGGAGAACGGCUGCGUGAUGCCAUGCUUAUAGGUAGCAGAGCUAACAAAAUUUCAGAUUGGCUCAAUUCAGAAUCGUGAGAAAAUAUUUUAACUAGUACAUUAACAAUGGUUGUUUUCUUGCAGACAGACACAUAACCCCUGCAGGAAAACCCACAUGAUCCUCCUAUUUAAUUGACUACCUGAGCUUUACUAGAAAGCAUUUUCCAGCCUUUGAAUCAUGCUGAUUGCGACCCACAGAAUUUAUUGACUUCUGUUGUAAUAGUCCCUUGUGCGACUAGUAAGUCAAAUGGCAUAGCUUGACUGUACACCAACCAUGUGGGUGCUGCUUCAAUUGCAUGGGUGCUAUGUAACAAGUGGGUGCUCCCCUAGAUUAGGCCAUUACACAUGUGGAAAAGGAAUGAUGUGUCCUGUUCUUCAGCAGUCAUAUUGUAUCCACUCAACUUUCCACUUAGGUAGGGUAUUUCAGCCAGAGUUUAUGUCUAGGGCUCAGUUGAGAGUUUAUGUCUGUUGUAGUUAAGUUCCUUGCUCUUGCCAUUGUCUUUUAUGGCUGUGCCUUCCCACGCAGUGCCUGCCAGAAGUAUUUUUCUGUUAAUAAAUAUACAGUGCAUGCUGAGUGGUCCUCAUGGGUUUUUUCAGGCACCUGCUUGAAUUCUGCCUGCUUUUUGGCAGCCAAAGUAUUCAGUAGCAACCCGUCUUCCUCUUCUUGCCUUCCAUUGUUCAGGUACUGUAUUCUCUCUUAUGGUACUUAGCUGUCAACCGGUACAACUUAAUUUGAGAAGGCAUGUGUUAGAAUUCUAGCUCUUGACAUCAAAGGAAGACCUCCUGCCGAAGAUACACGUGGUGCAGUUUUAUGCAGGCCGAUGUAAACCCAUCACCUUCUGCUUUAGGAGAAAGAGUUAACUUGGCUUAUACUAUUCUAAUGGUCAUGAAUAUAGGCAGCUGAGCUUUUGUAUAUGCAUUACAGAAUUUUACUGAAAACAGGAUUCCCUAGUGGAAAUGUCCAAAGGGCUCACCUAUCCAUUGCUACUAUGUCACAGAAUUUUUUACAUGUGUGAUCUUCUAUGAACAGUUUAUGUCCUGUUUGAAUAUGAUGCUAUUUAGAGAAUUGCUGUGUUAGAAACUAGGCCCUAUGCGUGCAGCAUUCCUUUAAAAACAAAUUAUUUUUAAAACCCUUGAAAAUGUGAAUAGAGUAGAUUUCCUUGUAAUUUUCUUUCCUGGGUCUCCAAAUGGCUAGUAACCACAAUAGGUUAUAAAUACCAUUUAUUAUCUGAUGUGUUAAUAGAAUGACAUUCUUUUUAUCCACUUGGUAUUAGCAAGGUCUGAAAGACCUUAGAGUUCAUUUUACAAUACACAGUUAUAGCACUAUGACUCCACUUUAUAUCUGCCAUGGCUGCAUCCUGUGGAAUCUUGGGUUUUGCAGUUUUGUGAAGGACUAGAAGUCCCUAGCUGAGAAUUUUUAGUUCAGAUUGUAAAUCCCAGGGUUUGUUUAUUCAUUUAUUUAAUUUAAAUAAAUAGGAUGGAAUCAUGGCAAUUAAAGUGGAAUGACAAUGCUAUAACACUGUAGGGUGAAAAAGCCCCAGAUCUUUUAGGGUAUGCCAUAAUUAGGCUUGUCACAUUUCUGUUACUGAAAUGUGCUACAAUUAAACACGACUGUAUAUCAGUAAUUGUGGCAUUUGCUGUGUUCCCAUGAACUCUCCCCCUUCCUCCUUCCAGCUCAUAGUACAGAUUUUCAUAUCUGUUAAUAUCUCACCCUCCCCCAAGACAAAAGGAAAAUAAUUUCCAUGCAUAAUUAUUUUCUGUUCUAGGACACAGGAGGGAAAGGUCAAUGUUUGAAGGGAAGGUAGGGUCCCACUUGGUGCCAUUCACAUUUGUGGUAGUCACCUAUGUGGCAAAUGACACCAAGUGGGUCAGCUUUGGACUUUCUUCUCCACAGGAGUUCUGAGAUUUCAGCAGGAGGGGAUUGUGUUAUGUAAAAUGGUUCUCUCUCACUGUGUUGUGUAAUGUUUUUAGCAUACCACCCAAGAAGUCAGCUUGUGGCAAAAUUGUUUCCAGAUAAGCCCACUCAGCACUAAUAGGAGGCAAAUUUUGUAAUGUGGACUUGCAUAAUACUCUUCAUUAAAGAUAUUAGUCCAGGGGUCCAGAACCUGAUAGAAUGCUAAUUGCCUCAUGUUAGUUAUAGUUUGAUUUCCUCACCUUUUCAACAAUAGCAGCAGCUUCAUUUAUAUACCACUUCAUACCACCUAAGCACUCUCUAAGUGGUUUACAAAGUGUAAGCUAAUUGUCCCCAACAAGCUGGUUACUCAUUUUAGUGACCUUGGAUGGAUGCAGACUCUGAGCCCUGGCUGGUAUUGAACCCGCAACCUUAUGGUUUGUGAGUGAGUGGCGCAGUACAGGCAUUUAACCUCUGUGCCACCAGGGCUCUCCACAGUACAUUUGGGCUGCAUGAUCAUGUAUAAAUGCCAGUUUGCACUGGAAACUGCCCUGGUAAACUUUUACCUUUCAAAUGAAACAUUCAGAUGAGAUGCAUUUUUAGUCCAUCUCAAAAGCUGAGAUAGAGAAAAAGGUACAUUUGAAACCCAACAUAACAAAUAUUAGCCCACUAACUACAACUUGAAUUAGAUACGCCUAAUUACAUUAGGCCAUUCCAUUUCUAUUUUUUAAAGAGUUUUUAAAUAUUUCUUGGGGAGACUCAGAUUUGACAAGUGUUCAGUAGAAAUAGACUUUUACAGUUCAAGGCUUGUGGAAAGAUUUGCAGCUUCAAAUAGUACCUCUUUUUUUCUCAUCCUUAAUAGCCUAGUUUAGUGUUGCACUCUGAGUUUACUUUUGAUUGGCUUUGAUUCAUGAUGAAACCUAGAAAGAUAAGGCAGCUAGUUAGAUGAUUUGUAUUGAUGCAGUUGUAUUAACAUCUCUUCUUAAAGGGAGAUGGUGGAGGAAGCAAAACUCCUAGUUAUUGCUUAGUGUUUAUUGUGAAUUGGUGAUUCAUCAAAUAGACAUUUCAGUGACACCUUUUGUAUUCUUUUUCUCAUUUUUUUUUGUAGUGCAGCCCUUCUGCUGUUGAACUGGAGAUGCACUGUGGUUAUUUAAUCCUCUAGCAUUUUGUCUUUCAAUGCAUCUGCACAGAAUUCAUUGUUUGAGUACAGUUCUGUCCAUUGACAUUUGAGGAUCUCUUAAGAAAGCACAAUAUCAGUGCUGCUGUUCUUUGUUUCCCAUCCAAGAUGUCUAAGGAGCUUUUCUUUCUUCCACGUAACAAAGCACUUUAGUCCGCCACAUGAGUUAAACAUGUGUCAUAUGUGUCUACCUUACUGGAUUAUCUUUUUAAAAAGUCUCAAAUCCAAACAGGAUUAAACUGUUCCAGUGCCUAAGAUUAUAGUGUGAUUCUUCUGCAUGACUGUGUUGCUUCUGUGUUGAUUUCAUUUCAGCUACUGUCAACACCACAGUAUAGGUAAGCUUAUAUGCAGCAUUGAUUUUCAGCAUUAUACUGUAACUUCCAUUAAUCCUGAGAACAAUGUAGAGUAAGCCUGGGGGGGGGAGGUGGGGGGUAUGGUAUUACAGGUAAUGAAAUGUAAUAGAUCUCUUAAGCUUCAGCCCAUUCCCUUUGGAAAGUUUGUUUCCCUACACCUUGGAAAAUGGAAAUUUUGAAGAUGCAGAAUGAUUUGUGCUUGGCCAGUCAUUUCAGAUUCCAAAUAGAAAUUUGGUUUAAUGAUAAUAAUAUAAAAUCCUGCAAAUUGUUGAGGUUGCAUUGUUCAAAUGCUGCCAGUUUGUCUUGCUUCAGUGAGACUUUGGAUAUCUUUUUAAAUGGCUUUAACUUUUAAAACCACACCUGUUUAUAUUGAUUUCCCAUCAUUCUGAAGAGGCAUUUCACUGAUAAAUCAGCCUGCUACAAUAUUGAUUGUUUAGUGCACAUCAAGGCUGGUAGACAGUAUUUACUACAGAAGCUAUUUUCUGCAUUUUGGUGAUAUAUCAAAUGUUCCAGUAACUCCUGUAGUCUUGAUGCCUUCAUUAAUGCAAACUAUGCAAAAAUAUAAAUAGGUGGGUAGGUUUUAAAGUAGCCUGGAAAUUUAAUUUCACUUACAAAGUUGAUGACUUAAGUGGCAUGUGCUUGUGCUCUUCUGAAUGUUCUCCAUCUCUCAGAAACUUCCCCUGGACUACUGUCUUGGUAAGGAAGGGAUCAUCCCUUUGUGUUAGAACACAUACUUUGCAUUCAGAAGGUCCCAUGUUUCAUUCCUGACAUUUUAGGCUAAAAGGAUUAGGUUGCAGAUUCUGUGAAAGGCCUCUACUGUAGACCUUGGUGAGCCACUGCUGUUAGAAUAGCCAAAACCAGAUUACAUGAUCAAGUAGGAAACCUGAAGUAAACCCUCUGUUUGUCUCUCUAGCACAAAAAAAGUGUGCACAAGCAACACUUAAGAAAAGUUCUUGUGCUGAAUCCAAGGAAAUUCGGGGGCGGGGGAGGCGUGUCUUUGAAGACAGAUCACAAAAAAAAAAGAAAAGAAAAAGACAAGAAUACAACUGCAAAACACUGGGGUACAUGUAUACCCUUAUGAAUCUUAGUCAUAGUUUGCUACCAAUCAUGGAUUCUGGGGUUUGUGUCAUUAAGUAACAAAAAACUUUUAAAACUGCAGUUGAUAAAUUGGCUAAUGAUUACUUUCCCCUAGCCAUGCUCUGAAUGUGUGGGGCUUAUACAUGUUAAUUGUCCUGGCCAAGGGUGGGCAAUUUUAGCAGGUCCAGGAACCAGUUUUCCCAACCCAAGACUUUCAGUGGACUCUGCCCUCUCCAAAAAUGAGUGGUUAUAUAUUUUUUUUUGUUUCAAAACUGCAAGUGAUUACAUGUUCACUUGUAGUUUUGACAACAAAUGGGCACCCCACCCCAUGGAAGAGCCUGUGCCUUGCUUAGGAGAAGAACUGCAAAAACUGGUAGAGGCACAAGGAACUGGCAAUCUGUAUGUUGCCUGAUCAUGGUUUGGGCAGGGAAAGCUCGGAACAUGAAUUCAGCUUUGCCUAGUGUGAUAUGUAUAUUGCUGCUGCUGCUGCUUCUUUACAAUGUCCAUACUGAAAAUCCUACAACGAUAGGGGGGUUCAUGAGUCAUUAAGACUGAAAAUGUAUGUGGAAGGAGGGUCAUCUCAAAAUGUAUAGUAGGCACAAUGAGUAAAUUGACAGCAUAUAAAUGUCUACUAGCUUUCUCAGUUUACUGUGUUCGGUACUUCUCACUGUUAUCAAUCCAAAAAUAAGUUACUAAAGCCAGUCAGUCUGGUAUUUCAGUCUAUUUAAAACAGUAACUUGGUGCUUGGUGCAUCUAUCGUCUGUGCACUGCUUUACAAAUGUCAGUCAAGCCUCAAAUAAGGAUUGUUUAUUUCUGUACAAACUGAAAUUGAAUGUUACAUGGAGGAAAAGUCAGUGUUGGUGCUAUAUAGGAUACACAGGCUCUUACCUCCUUGUGCUACUUUCAAGCCACAGAAGCGUAUCUCUAUCUCAAUGAAGAAGAGGGGCAAGGAAUCCACUUUACAAAAUUGUAAAGUUUGUACUGGCAUAUCAGCCGCCAUGCUUUGGGAACAUAUUUGUGAUGUGAUAGCAUAAAUGUCCCUGUUCCAAUGUCCCCAACAUUAGGAACAGAUGAGAUAAAUGGGGAAUUCAAUGUGUAUAUUCCCAUGUGUGCCCAGUAAUGAAGAUAACCUGUGUCUUGGUUUUAUAAAGUCUUCUGAGGAGCAAUUUCUGUUUGUUUAAUUUUGUUCAGUUGUGGAGGAUUAAAUUUCAAGGGCUUUAUUGGAUAAGGCAAAUGGGGAAAAUAUUUUUAAGUGCAUGACUUAAUUCUGGUUCGUCAACUUUUGCACUGUGAGUAUUUUAAGUACAUAUUUUAAAACAAAAUAUUGAGGGCUUAACUAUUACUUCCUGCCUUUUAAUUCAAGGAUCAUUUUCAACAUAACAUUCUUGCAUUCAUGACAUGGCUCCUGCAAUCUAUUCCUAAGAGAUACAGGAUAUGUGCAGUCAUUUUGUGAGAAAGAGUUACCCAUUAAACUCUCUGAAAAGUAACUGUCGUGAAUUUGCUGUGCCUGAGGUUUCAGGCUCUGCUCAUUCUAACAAAAUGAAUUAUAUGGCAUGUACCCAUGAGAACCACUUUUUCAGGAACCAUCUUGGAUGUAAACUCUUGUGGUGAAACUGGCACUUGUUUUUGUUGAGACCAGUGCUAAAUGGAAGAAAGCUGGAGUUUGUCUAUGGAAGCAAAUUAGAAGCAUCCACUAUUGCUUUGAGACAGUAAUAAUACCACAAAGGGGGUCUAUUCAAUCCUAAAUUAACUUCUAGUGUAUUGGCAAAACUAUGUAGCUUUUUGUCUUCCACUUCAUGGUAAGUUAAGCCCUGAUGCUAAAUAUUUGCCCAAAGUUCUGGGAGAAUGUUGAGUUUAAAUUGCUGGAACAGCUAUUGGUAUGCCCAGUUCCAAGCACUGAUGAGUUAUCAAAGCUUAGGAUCAGGCAGGGGAUGUCUAUAUUAUAUUAUUAUUUUUACUGAGUUUAUUCCUUAAGGUUCAAGUGAACAUUUAAAUUUUUAUAAAUACGCAGCUUGACCUAGUCUCCCAGAUCUUGAAUCCCAUAAUAUAUUUGAAAUUAAGAUCUGGAUUUCUCCCUCCCCCAUAUUAGAUUAGAUUCAUGCACCAGUUAAGUACAAAAGUGAAGGAUAGUUUUUGUACUUGAGAACAAAAUUGUAAUUGCAAUUGUGACUUCUGCAAGGACUGUAGCUUCUCAUAAAUGUCAGUAUUGGCAGUGAGCUGCCUGAUAAACUGGGUUUUUGAGAAAAGCCACCAUUGCCAUCAUGAAGGAUCUCAUUGCCUGUAAAAGAAUAUUCUGAGCUUUAAAUGAAGCUGUUGCUUGUGAACAAAACAUUGUCCAGCUAUGACUUCUUCCACUGGCAGAGGAGUUGAAUUUUCAGUACUUGUAGAAUAGGUAAAAUGAAUGUUUCUGCCAUUGCUGAGGCAUUGAAUCGCCCUCAUAGUAUUAAUUUCCAUGUAGCUCUCUAGAAUAUAUAUAUAUAUAUAUACCUUCUGCAUUUUGUAUAAGAAACAUGUUUUCCUCACUGUGAUCCAAAAGCUCGAGUGGUAUGGGGAUAAAUAGGGAAUGUUAAGGACACUCCAUUUUGAAUGAUGAACUUAUGAAUCUAUUCCUAUUUAGGACAAGUAGGAUAACCUUUAACAUUCAUAAAAUGUCAUUAAUUGGACGAGUUUGGGAAAUGGGCAUCCUUUUCCAAGAAGAAAUAUCUGCUAAAUACAUCAGUAAACAUGAACUGUGUACAAAUCAGUCUGUUUAAAACUAGUGUUACUUGUUUUUAUUUCAUAUUCUUUGAUAAAAAGGUACAUUGGUUGUGUUCAGUUUUCUGAUCCAGAGACAAAGACCAAAGAAGGCCAACCUCAUUUGAUUGUGUAUAUUCUGCCUGUCUUAAUUAUUGAUAGCUAUAAAGGAUACAGUGCAAGUAAAUGAAUCUGGUAAUCAAUGGUUUUUGUAUGUUUUUUUUUAAGAAAAGGAAACUUUAAAGUGUAUAAUUUAUUGCUCAGCAAUACCAUGUUGUUAAUAACAAUUAGCAACAUGUCCUAAUUUCCCAAUAGCAUUACUAUAUGUUGUCCUUCAGUUCGUUGUAUUGUUAUUUGGUAUUUAUUUGUGUUUGAAGGUCUUGCUAUAUGUCUUGUGUUUUGAUGCUAAUAAAAUGAGAACAGUGUGUAGAAUGCAAAACUCUGAAAUGCUGAACUGUAUUAAAGGAAAAAAAUAAACCUAAGUAGGAAGUCAUAUUUUUUAAUAAA